ACGAUGCGCAAGCAGGCGUCUAGUACAGGCUACACGAACCUGAUCAGCCACCUCGUGACAAGCACCCCGGUUACACCGAGUCCGCUUGAAGCGAGCCAGCACGCGCCUGGACAAACGCUCGAAGCGCAUGGGUUCGUCGACCAGCGCACGAUGGAGAUCUACAAGUGGAUAGAGUGGAUCAUUGCCAGGAACCAAACGCUGAGUGAGGCGGACGAUCCGAUGACACGCUCAUGA